CAGGGGAGGGAGCGUAGAGUGACGUCUUCCGCGCAUUUGGGAAGCCUUCCCGAUCAUGCGCUGUUUGCCUGCACAGCACUGACUUGCUCGACACGUUCUUUGCCCCUGGAGUUCAAAGCCUGGGUCCAUUUCAUUUAGAAGCUGACUCUGGUACCUAGCCUAUUAGUAAUGAAUUAUUCACGAUUUAUUACUGCAGUAAGUGCAGCAAGAAAAGCAUCACCAAUAAGAGUUCUCACUGAGCUGAUGCAGAGGUCUCCCCCAUCAUUAAUCUCCCUGGCUGGAGGGGCACCAAAUCCCAAUACUUUUCCUUUCAAGACAGCUAGCAUUGCCAUUCGAGAUGGAACAACAGUUGAAAUUGGAGAGGAACUGAUGAAGAAAGCUCUCCAGUAUUCUUUCUCAGCUGGCAUUCCAGAGCUGCUGUCUUGGUUGAAGGAUUUACAGAAGAGUCUACAUAAGCCUCCGACAGUUGAUUAUAAACCCGAAGAAGGACAAAUGGAGUUGUGUGUCACCACUGGAAGCCAAGAAGGGUUGUGCAAAGUGUUUGAAAUGCUUAUUAAUCCUGGAGACAACGUCCUUUUAGAUGCACCCACCUAUCCUGGGACACUAGCAGCUCUGAGGCCAUUGGGCUGUAACAUCAUCAAUGUCCCCAGUGACCAACAUGGUAUUAUUCCAAAAGCCCUGAAAGACAUUCUUUCCAGGUGGAAUCCAGACGAUGCCAAAAAACUCAACAACAACCUCCCCAAAUUUCUGUACACAAUUCCUAAUGGCGGAAAUCCUACCGGAGCUUCAUUAACUACAGAUCGCAAGGAAGAAAUUUAUCAGCUUGCAAGGCAAUAUGAUUUCCUUAUAAUAGAGGAUGAUCCAUAUUAUUUUCUUCAAUUUAAUAAGCCUUGGGCACCAACUUUUCUUUCAAUGGACACUGAUGGCCGAGUUAUCAGGACUGACUCUUUCUCUAAGAUCCUCUCUUCAGGAUUAAGGAUUGGCUUUCUAACUGGACCCAAACCUCUCAUUGACAGAGUUAUUUUACACAUACAAGUUUCUACAAUGCAUACCAGCACAUUUACUCAGAUUAUGAUAUCCCAACUACUUCAGCAGUGGGGGCAAAAAGGUUUCCUGUGCCACGUAAACAGCGUGGUAGAUUUCUACAAACAACAGCGGGAUGUGAUGCUUAAGGCAGCAGACAAGUGGCUAAAAGGUUUAGCGGACUGGCAUGUACCUGCUGCUGGAAUGUUUCUGUGGAUUAAAAUCAAGGGAGUUUCUGAUACACAGGACCUAAUCAUGAAAAAGGCUUUAGAAAAACAAGUAUUGCUGGUUCCAGGAAGAGCAUUUAACAUUAAUAGUUCAGAUCCCAGCUCUUAUGUCAGAGCUUCCUUCUCACUGUCUUCUCCAAGUCAAAUUGACCAGGGUUUCCAAAGAUUGGCUGAACUCAUCAGAGAAUCUGUAUGAUACAAAAGUGCUUUCAAUAUCACUUGGAUUUCCAGCUGUGUUGACUAGACUGUAUAACAUACAUUCUUUACCUUUUUUUUUCUUUUCAAGCCCAUAUCUUAACAGCACAAAACAAUGUGUUAAAUAAUAUGUGCAGAAAGGCAUUGAUUUACUAGGUUACCACGGGAGUUUUCUGCUCACUGGGUGAGACACCAUCUGCCAGUUGAGUUUAAUAUCUUUCUUGCCGUUCUUCUUAUCUCUUUAUUUGCACUGCAAUUGAGAAUUAUGUACUUGUUUCUGCUCAUUUUAAGAGGAAUGAAAUUAGUUUGUAAAAUUCAUCGCCUUUUAAAUUUUUGUUGUCAUCUUCUGUGCCUUCUAUUUUAAACAGAAUUGCUCUAAUGUAUAGGCUUGCACUGUAAUAUAUCUCUAUGAAUAAAGUUGCUUUUGUUGGC